CUCAAGCUUUCAGUGUCUGGAUCUAUGGUGUAGCUAGAUGGGCUAGAUGCCAUUCGCCAGUAGCCUGCAGGUUGCAAAGGUUGAAAGUUUGACUUCAAAAUCGUUCCGUUCUUCUUCUUCUUGGGGCUUUUUUUUCUCCUCUGCUUGGAUACUACUGACUUAGGCAUUGGAUAUGUGCACACAGGAUGAUGACAACCCCUUUCCUCCCCGUAGAAGUAAAAUAAAAUAGGCUUUCGCACACGCUGGAUUUACUCCUGUCGUUCCAUAUGAAGAAGUCAAAAAUUUGGAUACGCGUCUGUGUCCAUUUACUACUGUUCAUCACGUUUGGGGUACAUUCAAGUAAAUUUGACGUCAACCCAGUAACAGAUGACAUCUCUAGACUCUCUGUUUUGAGACAAAAUAUUCCUAAAGAUUACAAAAUUCCUGUACAUUACAUUCCAAAAGAGGAGGGUGGGAUGUGUUGGGUCAAAUUAAAUGUCUUCUACUUGGAGGAGAGUUUACAAGAAUUAGCACAUAAGUUUGGAAACAUUUCAUCCAACAGAAAAGAUAUUAGCAUAUUCAUCCAAAUGCUCCAAGAACUACGGAUCAACAUGGAGUCUGUGGAGCCGAUCAUGUACGAUUUUGAGUGCCACUACAGGGAAGAGAGGUGGCAGACAUCGCGAUACUUUGACUUUGUUAAAGACUUCCUUAUAACUGCACAGCAUAGAGAAGAUUCGGAUGACUGUGAUCCUCCACCAUGUCCCACCACACCAUUCACAGUAAAAACAGAAACAUCUUUUAAAGAAUCACCCACAUUCAACAGUGACACAACAGAGUGUGAUUUGCCCGGCUGCAAAACACAUAAAGCAGAAAGGCUCCUGCCCGAGUUGGUGGAGCGAAGCCUUCUCUCCCUACUGUUCAUUCCACUCCUAGCCCUCGUAUUCCUGCUUGUGUGGAAGGUCCGGUCACGAAGGAAUGAGGAGGAUCUUCAACAGAAUCCUGGAGAAGUUGGACUCUUCACAGGAACAGAAGGGACUGCACCUCCACUAGAUGCUGAAAUAUCAGAAAAAAACAAGUUGAACGUCAUUGAAAUAGUGUAACGCAACCCUUCGAUGUUGUCCAAGCGUAAUUGGGCUCUACUAUGUUCUCCUGUUGGUGUCCAAAGGUGAUGAAAAACAAACAUGAAGCUGAAUUCCAUAAUGAGAUCUCAGAGGUGAAAGGCCUGUUUUUGACUGCUCUUCAGAUACACGAUGGCUUCACAAUUGCCAUGACCAAGAGUUUUUCUGGUUAAACCACGCCUGCUACUGUAUGGAUAAAAGCUUGCCUUUCUUAUAAAGACUUAUAAAAACCCACGCUUUUGAAAAAGACUGUGAGAUUUUAGCAGAGAGAGAAACCCCCCUACUGCAAUCCCCUCUGGAUUCUCUGGCUUCCGCGAAUCAUCCAUCAGAACCUGCUGCAUCAUGAACUCUUUGGGGACAACUUUUUGCUUCCCCAUUAGCACACUGCUACAGUCUGCGUCUUUGUUUCUGUGUUUUUGGGCCCACCAGUUCAUCUUCAAACAACAAAGCAGAGAGUGACUGACACUGGUUAUCUCUUGUAUGAACUGAGGCAUGAAUUACUACCUCCGGUGACCCUCAUGUUAACCACAUUCGUAACACCUAUACAGUGUCCUCUUAGUCUGGGGUUUCCCAAAGACUAUAAUGUUUAACAUUGUAGUUCCAAGGUGUAGUCACAUUGUUUAUCAUGUGCCCAAGGGGCUGUAUGAUGUAUUUAUUUAUUGGUGGCGCCACUGAGCUGCUGCUGUUGAUUCAAUUAAAAUGUUUCUAGCGAUCAGUUAAGAUUAAAUUUGCUAAUGGGUCACAUUUAAAGAACAACCAGUAUACUAACACAUCAUGAACCCAAAAAAACACAUUCCUGAACAAGCGACAUUUCUGCGUCUGAUAUUGUUGUAUUUGGUGUACAGUAUAUGACGGGGGUGAUUAAGCUGUGUGAAUGGAUUACAUGGAGAGAAAAAGACAUAUAUACAAAGCUGCUUUGACUAACUUACAUUUAGACCAUUAAAAACCUGCAAUGACAUUCUGUUAAUGAGUAUCAGGGAUGACUUCUGUGGAUCCAGGAAUUUUACAAAAGGUGUGUCAGUGACAGACACAUGUAAGACAAAGAUAGGCCUCCCAUGGUAAUUAUUAGUUAAACAUUGCCUUUAUUUUUUACUUAUCUCACCUUUAUGCUUGCAAGACAGGAACUGUUACAGGAGAGAUCAUUGAGAUCAUAGAGAUCAUUCCUCUAUGAAAGGAAAAGAAACUAAAUUGCGAAAUUUCUAAAAAAUACAAUAAAAUAAAAUUAAAAAAAAUUAAAAAUUUUUAAAAAAGGUGAAAAAAAAUAAACAUGUUUUUUUUAAGGAGAAUAGGAAGAACUCAUACAGUAAGAUUGAAUAUACAAAUUCUAUGUAAUUUUUGAAAAAAAAAUAUUAAAAAUAUAAUAAACUAUCAAUUCUUGACUGUUCAUUCAAAAACAAAAUGUACUCGCAAAUCCAACCCUCCAGCUUAGACUGUUCACACACACCAGGUUUAAUCUGAUUCCUGACUUGCCUUCAUCUGGUAUCAGUGCUGUAUUUGCAUUAUGAAAAACCCCACACAGUAAAACCCACGGUAGAAACUACCUGACACACCCAGUUAGUGCAUUUAUUGAGACUUAAGAGAACGCUGAAGGUACCACUGUUUAUGAUAUUUUACAGACAACGCACCUUAGUUAUAUCUUCACAAUCCACAAAGCUCACCACAUGGAAACGCCAUGCAGACCUAAAUAUCAAUUUUGCCUUAAAGUUGCGCCAUAAUACACUGUCAAAGGAAGUGCAGUGUCAUCUCCUUCACAUA